GAAGAAGUUCCGGGGUCAGGGGUUGCAAGGUGGUGGCAUGAGCUCGCAGCGGGGGAACGUGGCGCGCACGCGGCCGCAGCGCCACCAGAACGCCGGCGCCUUCCGCAACGACAAGUACGGCGCGAGCGCGCAGUGCAAGAAAAUAAAUGCAAAACUUCAUGAUGGAGUAUGUCAGCAUUGCAAAGAUGUCUUGGAGUGGCGUGUAAAAUUCAGCAAGUACAAACCACUAACAAAAUCAAAAAAAUGUGUCAAAUGCCUCCAGAAGACUGUAAAAGAUUCUUACCAUAUUAUUUGUAGACCAUGUGCUAGUAAAUUAGAUGUUUGUGCUAAGUGUGGAAAAGGAGAAGAAAUUGUAAUCCCGAUUAACAAAGGAUCAGAACAAACUGAGAAUGCAGCAGAUGAGAAUGACCAAAGGCAGAGGAGCAGAAAAGAUCAAUUGGAGGAAGGUGCUGAUGAACCAGAUUUUGACAUUUUCUUAGAUGACGUGGAGGAUGAUGAUGAUGAUCCUGAUGUGUUCAAGGAAAAAUUUAAACAUACGAAAAUUGAAAGGAGUCUGAAAAGCUGAAGUUCAAAAGGCUAUAAAGAGACUGUACAAUCAAAGGAAAAA